UUCGUUUCUCCCCAGGAUGAGGAGGAGAAAGGCUCCUGCAAGAGCACAGGGCGCCGCCCUGUCAAGGAGGAGAGCUGGCAGCAGCGGAUGUGCAGCUGGGGCUACUCAGGUCAUCGAGAACAGGUGCACCCUCUCUCAGGAGGACCAGGGCACCAGCUGGAAAGGGCCAGCACACUGCAGCUGUAGCACUGGAGAAAACGAGCGGGGUCUGCACCCACCUCCCCGCAGGCGUCUGGCACACGCCCUGACGGGCAUCCUCAGGAAGGCCCCUCAGGCUUUUCUCCGGUUUCUUUGCCCAGGCUUGGUCUUCAGCCCUGCUUACCGCCUGGCAAUGGCCGUGCUCUCCCUCCAGAGAAGCCUCAGCACAGGCAUCUCCACCCUGAAAGACAUCAUCACCCUGAAAAAGGGGAGGCUCUUCACGAUCCUCUUCUGGAUGAGCCUAGCUGCUCUCGCUGGUGCCUACUGCGGGAUCUCGCUGCUCAUGUGGAUGCUGCGGGCAAAGAAUGUGCCACAGGUGCUGCUGGGGCAGCCUGCAGCCGACCUGAGGUCCCUGCGGAACACGCUCGCUCUGUGGGGGGAACAAUCGCAACAGAUGCAACAGCUGAGGGAUGAGGUGGCACGCCUGGCUGCAGAGAUCGGCACUAUGAAGAAGGAAGUUCAGCAAAUGAGAGAGGCAGUGUCUGCAACCACACAGAUGUCUGAUUGGGCUCUGAAAAGUGCAGGGGCUGCCAUCGACCUGCACAGAUCAUCCAGCAGCUCUGCAUGGCUCUGCAGGGUGUUUUGGUUCCUGUGUGCUCCACCCCUUCUGGAUACCUUUGUGCAGCCGGAUGCUUCCCCGGGAUAUUGCUGGCCUUUCCAAGGGUCUCGGAGUGAGGUGCUAAUCCGGUUGCCUGCACAAGUACGACCAACGGCCGUCACCAUACAGCACACCUCCAAGAUAGCCUCUCCGCUGGGGACUGUCAGUAGCGCCCCCCGAGAUUUCACGGUCUCUGGACUGGAUGAGGAAGGCGAGGAUGAAACUCUGCUGGGGACAUUCACCUACGCCGUGCACAAAGAGCCCACCCAGACCUUCCCUCUGCAGAAUGGGAACCCCAGAGCCUUUCGGUUUUUGAAACUUGGCAUACAGAGCAACUGGGGAAAACCAGGAUACACCUGCAUUUAUCGCGUGCAGGUGCAUGGGAAGAUCGUGGGAUCGAGUGCCAUCGGCCAGACACGUGUGGAGACCCUCCCUCACUAA